AUGAGCGGCAAGGGAGGAGUUUAUCCUUGAAACCAAACGAAGCGGUWGUCCACAUGAAACUCCGCCUACUCAGUUCUCCGUCGUAAAAGGAGUGAUACAGUUCGAGGUAAGAUGAAGGCACAGGGACAGCAUUUCCCAGCUACCAACACUACAACCGCCUGAAAAGGAGAAGAAGAAGAAGAAGAAGAAGAAGAGUUGGCAGAGAGCCAGGCAGCUCGACCAGCCAGUGCCUGCUGCCCGCCCGCCUGCUUCUGGGAAAGUAUCCGCGGAAAGCUGUCAAAAACCGGAUUAUCUGAGCCGCUGACGGCUGGACGUUCCCCUCGGCCCGGCGGCGAGGAAACCAGAGUCAUGCCGUCUCCCGUAGUCCGGAGAAAGAUGAACAUUUGAGCGGUACGACAGCCGAGGAGGACGAGGUGCUCUCCAGUUUGUGCCAAACAUGUCGGAUAAGAUGUCCAGCUUUUUGCAUAUCGGGGACAUCUGCUCCCUGUACGCRGAGGGAUCCACCAAUGGCUUCAUCAGUACCUUGGGGUUGGUUGAUGACCGCUGCGUGGUCCAGCCUGAUGCCGGGGACCUCAACAACCCUCCAAAGAAGUUCAGAGACUGCCUGUUUAAACUUUGUCCCAUGAACCGCUACUCGGCCCAGAAACAGUUCUGGAAAGCAGCGAAGCCUGGUGGAAACACGGAYGCUGUGCUGCUCAACAAGCUCCAGCAUGCAUCUGACUUGGAGAAGAAACAAAAUGACUCUGAAAACAAAAAACUGCUUGGAACAGUCAUACAGUACGGGAACGUCAUCCAGCUCCUCCACCUGAAGAGCAACAAAUACCUGACUGUGAACAAACGACUGCCUGCGCUGUUGGAGAAGAACGCCAUGAGGGUGAUGCUGGACACCGCAGGAAACGAAGGCUCGUGGUUCUACAUACAGCCCUUCUACAAGCUGCGCUCCAUCGGGGACAAUGUGGUGAUUGGAGACAAAGUGGUCCUGAACCCAGUGAAUGCUGGUCAGCCGCUGCAUGCAAGCACACACCAGCUUGUGGAUAACCCAGGAUGCAAUGAGGUGAACUCUGUAAACUGUAACACCAGCUGGAAGAUCGUCCUGUUCAUGAAAUGGAGCGACAACCAGGAGCUCGUCCUUAAAGGAGGUGACGUUGUACGAUUAUUUCACGCAGAGCAAGAGAAGUUUCUGACUUGUGACGAUCACAGAAAAAAACAGUAUGUUUUCCUCCGCACUACUGGACGGCAGUCAGCUACCUCAGCAACCAGCAGCAAAGCACUCUGGGAGAUAGAGGUCGUACAGCACGAUCCGUGUCGAGGCGGUGCCGGGUACUGGAACAGCCUGUUCAGAUUCAAACACUUGGCCACUGGACACUACUUGGCUGCAGAGGUGAACCCAGAGUACGAAGAGAGGGGCCUUGGUUCCCGCUCUCCUCUUGACUCGGAGCAGGAAGCCUUGCGUGCCCGCUUGAAAACCGCCCCAGAUAAAGUCAUGUACACGCUCGUGUCGGUCCCUGAUGGAAAUGACAUCUCCUCCAUAUUUGAACUUGACCCCACCACCUUAAGAGGAGGAGACUCACUUGUGCCCAGAAACUCAUACGUGCGCCUCAGACACUUGUGCACCAACACGUGGGUUCACAGCACCAACCAGCCCAUUGACAAGGAUGAGGAGAAGCCGGUCAUGCUGCGUAUCGGCACAUCUGCCCUCAAAGAGGACAAAGAGGCAUUUGCCAUCGUUCCCGUCUCCCCGGCUGAAGUCAGAGACCUCGAUUUUGCAAACGACGCCAGUAAGGUUCUGGCAUCUAUCGCAGGAAAGCUGGAGAAAGGCACCAUCACUCAAAAUGAGAGGAGGGCUGUUACCAAGCUCCUGGAGGAUUUGGUGUUCUUUGUAGUGGACAUUCCCAACAACGGACAGGAUGUUCUGGAGAUCAUGGUGAACAAACCCAACAGGGAGCGACAGAAGCUCAUGAGAGAACAGAAUAUUCUCAAACAGAUUUUCAAGCUGCUCCAGGCUCCGUUUACAGACAGCGGUAAUGGACCCAUGCUGCGACUGGACGAGCUGGCUGACCAGCGCCACGCCCCCUUCAGACACAUCUGUCGCUUGUGUUAUAGAGUUUUACGUCAUUCUCAGCAAGACUACCGCAAAAACCAGGAGUAUAUCGCCAAGCAGUUUCGCUUCAUGCAGAAACAGAUCGGCUAYGACGUCCUGGCAGAAGACACGAUCACGGCUCUGCUCCACAACAACCGCAAGCUUCUGGAGAAGCACAUCACAGCUGCAGAGAUUGACACGUUUGUGAGCUUGGUUCGCAAGAACCGCGAGCCAAGGUUUCUGGAUUACCUGUCAGAUUUGUGUGURUCGAUGAACAAGUCCAUCCCUGUAACACAAGAACUCAUCUGUAAYGCUGUGCUGGAUCCAGCAAACCAAGACAUCCUCAUAGAAACCAAGCUGGUGCUGUCACGGUUUGAGAUUGAGGCAGUGCAGCUCGGGGAGAACUCUGUGGAGUCAGAGGAGGAUGAGGAGGAGGUGUGGCUGUUCUGGAAGGAAAGCAAUAUCAAAGAAACACGCAGUAAAAGCAUCAGGGAGCUGGCCCAGGAUGCCAAGGAGGGCCAGAAGGAGGACAAGGAAGUGGUCAGUUACUACAGGUACCAGCUGAACCUGUUCGCCAGGAUGUGUUUGGACCGUCAGUACCUGGCAAUCAACAAGAUCUCCGUGCAGCUGGAUGUUGACCUGAUUUUGCGGUGCAUGUCAGACGAAGACCUGCCCUUCGACUUGCGGGCCUCCUUCUGCAGAUUGAUGCUCCACAUGCAUGUGGACCGCGACCCCCAGGAGCAAGUUACCCCGGUCAAAUACGCACGGCUUUGGUCCGAGAUCCCCUCACAAAUCGAGAUCAACGACUAUGACAACGACGGGACGUCUAAAGAUGAAAUUAAAGAGCGAUUCUCACAGACGAUGGAGUUCGUUGAGAACUACCUCAGGGAUGUGGUGUGUCAGAACUUUCCUUUUACACACAAAGAAAAGAACAAGCUCACCUUUGAGGUGGUGAAUCUAGCCAGGAACCUGAUUUAUUUUGGCUUCUACAACUUCAGCGAUCUGCUCAGACUCACUAAAAUCCUGCUAGCUAUUCUAGAUUGUGUCCAUGUGAACCCCAUUUUCCCCUUCGCCAAGCCGGACAAAGGAGAGGACAGCAAAGGGAGUAACGUGAUGAGAUCCAUUCAUGGCGUAGGAGAACUAAUGUCCCAAGUUGUCCUGAGAGGCGGUGGUUUCCUUCCUAUGCCUUCAAGCAGGAUCUCAGAUGGAGAUGCAGUGAAGACACAGUUUGAACCUGAGAAAGAGGACAUUCUUGUCAUGGACACCAAGCUCAAGAUUAUUGAAAUUUUGCAGUUCAUCCUGAAUGUCCGUCUGGACUACAGGAUCUCCUGCCUCCUGUCCAUCUUCAAGAGAGAGUUUGAUGAGAGUAAUUCCCAGAGUGACACAUAUUUACCUGGAUCAGUAGAAAGUCCAAACAUUAUGCCAGGGGCGUUGGAUUUCGAACACAUAGAAGARCAGGCAGAGGGGAUCUUUGGUGGAAGUGAAGAGAACACGCCGCUGGACCUGGACGAUCAAGGUGGACGGACCUUUUUGAGGGUCCUGCUCCACUUAACCAUGCAUGACUAUCCUCCUCUGGUGUCCAGAGCCCUGCACCUGCUUUUCAGACAUUUCAGCCAGAGACAGGAGGUCCUUCAGGCGUUUAAGCAGGUGCAGCUGCUGGUCACCAGCCAGGAUGUGGAAAACUACAAGCAGAUAAAGUCGGAUCUUGACCAGCUGCGUUCGAUUGUAGAAAAAUCGGAGCUCUGGGUUUAUAAGAGGCAGGGACCCGAUGAGGCCAUGGACGCAGGAGAGGUGGCAGAACAUAAAACGCAGGACUCCGGGGCCACAGACAAGCCAAAGAAAGCAGAGAGCACGAGCAGUUACAACUACAGGGUUGUAAAGGAGAUCCUGCUGCGUCUCAGCAGGUUGUGUGUCCAAGAAGGUCUGUCUGGUAGGAAGAGCAGGAAACAGCAGCAGAGGCUGCUCAGGAACAUGGGGGCUCACACUGUGGUCCUUGAGCUGCUACAGAUCCCCUAUGAAAAGGGAGAAGAUGUGCGUAUGCAGGAUAUAAUGAAGCUCGCCCAUCAGUUUCUGCAGAACUUCUGUGCAGGAAACCCACAGAACCAAGCCCUGCUUCAUAAACACAUCAAUCUUUUCCUCAAUCCAGGGAUUCUUGAAGCUGUCACCAUGCAGCACAUUUUYAUGAACAACUUCCAGCUGUGCAGCGAGAUCAACGAGCGCGUGGUCCAACACUUCGUCCACUGCAUCGAGACACAUGGCCGCAGCGUGCAGUAUCUCAAAUUCCUACAGACCAUCGUCAAAGCAGAGAACAAGUUCAUUAAAAAGUGUCAGGACAUCGUCAUGGCGGAGCUGGUGAAUGCAGGAGAAGAUGUCCUGGUCUUCUACAACGAUCGUGCCUCCUUCCAGACUCUAACCCAGAUGAUGCGAUCAGAGCGGGACCGCAUGGAUGAGAACAGUCCGCUGAUGUACCACAUCCACCUGGUGGAGCUUUUGGCUGUCUGCACCGAGGGCAAGAACGUCUACACUGAGAUCAAGUGCAACUCUCUGUUACCACUGGAUGACAUUGUUCGGAUCGUGACCAACGAAGACUGCAUACCUGAGGUUAAGAUCGCCUACAUCAACUUUCUCAACCACUGCUACGUCGACACUGAGGUCGAAAUGAAGGAGAUCUACACCUCCAACCACAUGUGGAAACUUUUUGAUAACUUUCUGGUUGACAUUUGCAGAGUGUGCAACAACACAAGUGACAGAAAGCAUGCAGACACCAUUCUGGAGCGUUACGUGACCGAGACGGUUAUGAGCAUCGCAACCACCUUCUUCAGCUCUCCUUUCUCUGACCAGAGCACAAGCCUGCAGACCAGGCAGCCAGUCUUUGUGCAGCUGCUGCAGGCUGUGUUCAGGGUUUAUCACUGCCACUGGCUGAACUCAGCCCAGAAGGGUUUUGUUGAGAACUGUAUCAAAGUCCUGUCCGAUGUYGCUAAAAGCAGAGCGAUAGCUAUUCCUGUGGACCUGGACAAUCAGGUGAACAACCUGUUUGUGAAAUCCAACAACAUUGUGCAAAAGACAGCCUUGAGCUGGAGACUCUCUGUUCGCAACUCCACCCGCAGGGAGUCUGUGGUGACCACCUCAAGGGACUACAGGAACAUCAUCGAGAGGCUGCAGGACAUUGUGUCUGCCUUGGAGGACCGUCUGCGUCCACUGGUGCAGGCCGAGCUCUCAGUCCUGGUGGACGUGCUGCAUCGGCCUGAGCUGCUCUUCCCUGAAAACACAGACUCACGCAAGAAGUGUGAGAGCGGGGGGUUUAUAUGCAAGUUGAUCAAACAUACCAAACAGCUUGUGGAGGAAAAUGAGGAGAGGCUGUGUAUCAAAGUUCUGCAAACGCUCCGGGAGAUGAUGACCAAAGACAGAGGUUACGGAGAGAAGCUCAGGGCCUUUGAUGAUGAGAUGGAUUUGCCUAAGAAGCUGGAACACAACCUUCCUGAGAAACUGUUGGCGGACCAGAAGAGGGGUGAGGCGCUGAGACAAAUUCUGGUGAGCCGUUACUAUGGCAACUUCCACCGGAGUGGUGGGCGGAGGGAGAGCCUGACRUCAUUUGGCAAUGGCCCCCUCAGUCCGGUAGGAUCAGGCAGGAACCAAUCAGCUUUAGGGGGUCCAGGUGGUCUGAGUCGAGGGGAAAUGACCCUUACAGAGGUGCAGUGCCAUCUGGACAAAGAAGGAGCUUCUGAUCUGGUGAUCGACCUAAUCAUGAACACAACUAGUGAUCGUGUCUUCCAAGAAAGCAUCCUGUUGGCCAUAGCGCUGCUGGAAGGAGGAAACACAACCAUACAGCGUUCCUUCUUUUUACGUCUGACUGAUGACAAGAACUCAGAAAAGUUCUUCCGGGUCUUUUAUGACCGUAUGAAGUCAGCUCAGCAGGAGAUCAAAGCCACUGUGACAGUCAACACAAGCGACCUGGGAAACAGGAAGAGGGACGAUGACAGCCAGGAUAAAGAUAUCCCUGUCCGCAAAAAAGUACGAGAAACGACAAUAACCAUGACAGAGGAUGUGAAAGAGCAACUGUUAGAGGCCUCAUCUGCUACUAAGAAGGCCUUUAACUCUUAUCGACAAGAAGCUGACCCAGAGGACCACUUUCCCUCAGCAGAUGGCCAGCCCAGCUCCGGGGACAAGAAUCAGGAUGAGGGGGAGAUGAGUUUUGUGAUUGUUAUCAUGCAACCUAUUCUUCGCUUCCUUCAGCUACUUUGUGAGAAUCACAACCGUGACCUACAGAACUUCCUUCGUUGUCAGAACAAAAAGAACAACUACAACCUGGUGUGUGAGACCCUGCAGUUCUUAGACUGCAUCUGUGGCAGCACCACAGGGGGCCUCGGCCUACUGGGACUGUACAUCAAUGAGAAGAACGUUGCCCUCAUUAACCAAACUUUGGAGAGUCUGACAGAGUACUGUCAAGGCCCCUGCCAUGAAAACCAGAAUUGCAUAGCCACUCACGAGUCCAAUGGUAUUGAUAUAAUUAUUGCACUAAUUCUCAAUGAUAUCAACCCACUUGGAAAGAAACGGAUGGAUCUUGUGUUGGAGCUCAAGAACAAUGCGUCCAAGCUGCUGCUCGCCAUCAUGGAGAGCCGACACGACAGUGAGAAUGCUGAGAGGAUCCUGUACAACAUGAAGCCUAAAGAGCUGGUGGAAGUUAUAAAAAAGGCCUACCUUCAAGGUGAGGUAGAGUUUGAGGACAUAAUUGAUGAAGAGGAUACUGUAGAAGAGGAGGAACAUGAUCCUGCGUCACCCAGAAAUGUUGGACACAACAUCUAUAUUUUAGCUCACCAGUUGGCGCGCCAUAAUAAAGAGCUCUCCAUGAUGUUGAAGCCAGGAGGAGCCAGCGGAGAGGGAGACGAGGCCCUAGAGUUUUAUGCCAAGCACACGGCUCAGAUAGAGAUUGUGCGUUUGGAUCGCACCAUGGAGGAGAUUGUGUUUCCUGUACCUAACAUCUGUGAGUUCCUGACCUCAGAGUCGAAGCUACGGGUCUACUACACCACGGAGAGAGACGAGCAGGGCAGUAAGAUUAACGACUUCUUCAUGCGGUCAGAGGACCUCUUCAACGAGAUGAACUGGCAAAAGAAGCUCAGAGCCCAGCAUGUUCUGUAUUGGUGYUCCAGAAACAUGUCCGUGUGGAGCAACGUCUCCUUUAAACUGGCUUUGCUCAUGAACCUGCUGGUCUGUUUCUUCUACCCCCUGGAGGGGGUGUAUGGAGGAAUGCUGGAGCCCCACGUGUCUGCUCUGCUAUGGGUGGGAGUCUUUGCAACGCUGGUCAUUGUUGUGCUCAUGCCCCAACCACUGGGUAUCCAAGCCCUGGUCAUUGUUACGAUUCUUCGCCUCAUCUUCUCUGUGGGCCUGGAGCCCACACUCUUCCUUCUGGGUGCUUUCAAUGUUUGCAAUAAGAUCAUCUUCUUAAUAAGUUUUGUUGGAAAUCGGGGGACCUUCACGCGAGGAUAUAAAGCUAUGGUGAUGGACUUUGAGUUCCUCUAUCACCUCUUCUACCUGAUCAUCUGCUGCCUGGGGGUGUUUGUCCACGUGUUUUUCUACAGUCUGUUGCUGUUUGACUUGGUUUACCGAGAGGAGACGCUGCUGAACGUAAUCAAGAGCGUGACUCGAAAUGGCCGCUCCAUUGUCCUGACGGCUGUGCUCGCUCUCAUUUUGGUCUACCUGUUCUCUAUUGUCGGCUACAUCUUCUUUAAAGACGACUUCAUMCUAGAGGUGGACCGGAUACCAAACGCCACACUAAAAAAUGGAGACACCAUGGCUGGAGAGUUUUUUACUACAAGAAUGUGUCACAAUGAAAACUGCAGCUCCAGUGUUCUGCUGGAAGAAAACGAGGAUGGCGAGGAGGAGGAGGACAGCGACAAGGAGCGGACAUGUGACUCUCUCCUGAUGUGUAUUGUUACCGUGUUGAGUCACGGUUUGAGGAGUGGAGGAGGUGUGGGGGAUGUUCUCCGUAAACCUUCAAAGGAGGAGCCACUGUUUGCAGCCAGAGUGAUUUAUGACCUGCUGUUCUUUUUCAUGGUCAUUAUCAUCGUCCUCAACCUCAUUUUUGGUGUAAUUAUUGACACCUUUGCUGACUUGAGAAGUGAAAAACAAAAGAAAGAAGAAGUUUUGAAAACGACUUGCUUCAUUUGUGGCCUGGAGCGUGACAAGUUUGACAACAAGACGGUGACUUUUGAAGAGCACAUCAAGGAGGAGCAUAAUAUGUGGCACUAUCUGUACUUCAUAGUUCUGGUAAAAGUCAAAGACUCGACAGAAUACACAGGUCCUGAGAGCUACGUGGCUGAGAUGAUCAAGGAGCACAACCUGGACUGGUUUCCUCGGAUGCGUGCCAUGUCACUGGUGAGCAGCGAUGCCGAGGGCGAGCAGAAUGAAAUCAGGAGCCUGCAGGAGAAGCUGGAGUCAACCAUGAGGCUGGUGGCCAACUUGUCUGGACAGCUGACUGAGCUGAAGGAGCAAAUGACGGAGCAGAGGAAGCAGAAACAACGAAUUGGACUUCUGGGUCACCCCCCACACUUGAAUAUUAAUCCCCAGCAACCUGCGUGAGGCCAAUUUCAUCAGUCCCUGAGUGUGUCUGACAGACCCACACUCCAUUAAAGAAUACGAAAAAGCGCCCAAAUGUAUUCAGACUAACGCCUGACAUCAUUCUUCAGCAGACACUGCUAGAUUUCUUUUAAUCAGCAGGUAUGUUUUGAGAGUCUGUGUGAAGGGAAAAUUGUACGCUCCACAGCGUGGGGGUGUCUGUGGGGGUUAAGUGUGCACAAAGUGCCUCAGGACGUCAGAAGUCGAGUCCUGUAAGUCAAGACGAUGAACGCAGAUUUAAAGUUCACGUCUCCGACUGUCUUCUGGGUUACACCUCUUUUACAGCCAAAGUUUAGUCAGUGUUCCUGAAGGAGUUUUCCCACUAAGUGUCCUUGUGAUGAGGUUUUAAUCCUCAACGUUUCACCAGCAAAACUCAGGUCACAUWACAGCUUUGUUCCACCUGUACAACUCAUUAUUUAAAAUUCUGUUUUCAUCUGACAGCAAUGGGAUGCAAGAGCAUAUGCAAUGUCGAAGAAGAAGUCACUAUUUUUGUUUUAUAUUUGAUUUUUUAUUGGAAAUUGUGUUUUCUAAUCAAAAUAUAAGAACACAMCAGGGUUAAAUGGUAUUCAUAAUUUCCCAAUUGUUUUUAAUUAUUUCCAUAAUGUGGCUUAGUUAUGUUUUAAAACCCAUAUUGUUUUUUUUUUUUGAAGGCGUGUUUUCACUUUUAGAAUUCCUGACUAUCUUAAACUGAGGUCUUGUUUGCUCUAGGUCAGUUAAGAUAAAAAAAAAGAGGUAAGACAGAUUUGAAGCUACGUUGAAGCUUUUAGUUAAGAUAAAUAACCCUGACCUCUGAGAACCUUUUCCAAAUGACAAAUGGAUAGAACGAACUUACUGGAGAAACACAGCAAAUGUUUUAGCUUUAAUAUACAAAAAGGUUAAGGGUUCUUGUUUUUAUUAYGCUUGUUUUUUGGAGUUCCAGCGGAAAUGUGUGUCUAAACAAYGAUCUUGAGCAAAAUGUUAUGCAGACUUUGAUUUUAUUCCACUUCAGUCUACACAGAGUAACGUACACUUACAUCAGUUUAGUCCUCUGCACUGAUACUUUUUGUAGCACUAAACGUUUUUGUUGUCCACUUUGUAACACAUCACUAAAAGAAUGUCAGAGUUCUGACUGAGGAGGGUUAAAAAAAGGUUUUUACAGAUGUCACUUGGUGUGCUGCUUGACCAAACUAAACUGUUCAAAUAAUUGAAGGGUUGUGUCUGGAUUGUACAUUCCAUUCUUGAAAUUAUUUAAAUAAAUAAGUGUGAAAAAUAAUCUGUUGGGUAAAAACCAUAUUUGCAUCAGCUGAGAAGAGGAGAACCGAACCAAAUGUCACACUAAAGGAAAGGAAGGCCUGGUGUUUUCCCCAGAGUCGCAACCAUGAAGUUUAUUUUGAUACUUCAGAGUUUAGCAUAAAAAUGUAAGUUAUUUUAAAUGACCAUCAGCUUUCUUCUCAAGCAGGCUAAAUUCACUGAUGAUUCAAAGGGUUUAAUAAACAACUGCAAUCUGUGAA